CAGUAAAUUACCAACUGUUGUUGAAACAGAUUGGAAAAUAAAACAGAGAAAAUGGAAGACUCUGUUUCUUCUCCUCCAAAAAGUACUUCUAAUCAAAAGAAAAAAUCAUCGGAUUCAUUCAAUUCGGUAGUUUCGUCUUCUUUGUCGUCGUCGAAAUCAAAUACUUCUAAAUUCUCUGCAACAAGAGCAUCUUUGAUUCUCUUCAUACUUUUCAUUUGUACCCUUGUUUUGACUAGAUGGACAUAUAUUUCAAGUUUAGCAAGUAGCACAGGAUUAUUCACAUUUACAAUGUUCUCCAAGAAAAACAACCAUGAGUACCCAAAGAGAGACGAGUAUCUCCUAAACUGCACCUCAAGCAACAUGACAAUAACAUGCCCAGCAAACUACUCUCCUACAUUCAAUCUCAGCUUCACGUCGAACGAAACAUGUCCCGAGUACUUCCGAUGGAUACACGAGGACUUGAACACAUGGAAGAAGAAAGGGAUUACAAAAGAAAUGGUGGAGAGUUUAAAAGAUGUUGCUCAUUUUAGAUUGGUAAUCGUAAAUGGGACAGCUUAUGUUAAGCAAUAUUCAAAGGCUUUCCAAACAAGGGAUACUUAUACAUUUUGGGGUAUAUUACAACUCCUUAAAUUGUACCCUGGUAGACUACCUGACCUUGAUUUUGUGUUUCAAUGCCAUGAUCAAGCUUCCAUUAAGCGCAACGAUCAUAAAGGGAGUAACGCUGCCUUUGCACCACCACAGUUUCAUUAUUGUGCGGAUGAGUCUACUUUUGAUAUUGUCUUCCCUGAUUGGUCCUUUUGGGGCUGGCCGGAUAUAAAUAUAAAGCCAUGGGUGCCCUUGAAGAAGGACUUCGAAGAUGGUAACGCGAUAAAAAAUUGGACUUCUAGGCAGCCUUAUGCUUUCUGGAAAGGAAACUUGCAUACAGGUGCAAGACUUCAGCUUGGGCAAUGCAAUUCUGUUAAUAAUUCCAAUGCUCGAAUUGUUAACCAGAAUUGGCACAAGGAAGCAGCAGAGGGGUUUAGGAAUUCUGAUUUAUCAAAACAAUGUGUUCACAGGUAUAAGAUAUAUAUGGAAGGAAAUGCAUGGUCAGUGAGUGAAAAAUACAUUCUAGCUUGUGAUUCAAUGACCCUUUUAAUAAACCCUAGAUACUAUGAAUUCUUUACAAGAAGCUUAAUACCUAUGAAGCAUUAUUGGCCUAUAAACCCUAAAAACCUAUGCAAAUCCAUCAAAUUCGCGGUUGAUUGGGGCAAUAAAUACGCCGAUAAAGCUCAAGAGAUUGGAAAAGAAGGAAGCAAUUUCAUAUUCGAUCAAAUAAAGAUGGAGAAUGUGUAUGAUUACAUGUUUCAUGUGUUAAAUGAAUAUUCAAAGCUACUAAAGUAUAAGCCUACUGUGCCCGAGGGAGCAAUCGAGCUAUGCUCCGAGAAGUUCGCAUGUAGCCCAAUGGGCUUGGAGACGACAUAUAAAAAGGAGACUAUAGUAAAUGGGCCUUCACAACGAGGCCCAUGUCAACUUCCACCACCUUAUGAUCCACAAACACUUCAAUCACUUCGUGAUCGAAAUGCUAAGAUUAAGGAAGUUGUUGAGAUGUGGGAAAUGGCUCAAAUGGGAAGUAGUUGAAGAAACACUUUUUUUAUUUUUAUUUUUUAUUUUAGAAGAACGCCAUGACGUCUUAAAAAGCAAGACAAAAGUCCAUAGCAAUUACAUUCUCAACGGCAUCAGGAGUAUUUUUCACCCAUACUCUAGUAUUGUAAAUUGUAUUGUUUAGAAAGGUUAGAAUUUUUAUUUAUGUAUAUCGAGUAUAAUUUUAUUUUAUACUAGAACAACACAUAGAUAUAGUUGGAUGGACUACCAAACAUGUAGUACAGAGUAUUAAGUGUUUUAAGUAGCACACUACACACAGAGUGCGUGUUCUUUAAUACUUGUAAUGUAACGACUUUUUUUGAUGUGAAUGUAACAACUUAAAAUAAAAUAAAAGGCUAAUCUCAUCUAAUCAUU